AUGUGUUCUGGGGGAGGCGGUAAAAAGGGCCCUGGGCCCGCGGCAUGCAUUUGUUUGUUGGUAGCAUUGCUGCUGGUGACGGCCGUGUGCGUGCGUGGUGGGGGGCCCGGUGGAGGUGUGGGCGAGGAUGAGGGAGAGGGUGGCGGUGCGUGGCGCAGCACCGAUGCCUUGCACCCCAUUGAGGCCGAAAUGCGGCCCUACGUGCGCGAGAUGAUAGGGCACGCCUUUAACUCCUACAUUAAGUAUGCCUUCCCGAAGGACGAGUUACGCCCGGUGAACGGGGCAGGGAAGAACACCAUGGGCGGCUACGGGUGGACGCUGAUCGAUGCGCUCGACACGCUGGCGGUCGCUGGGUUCCACACGGAAUUUCGUCGCUACGCGAGGUGGGUGGAGGAGAAUGUGAGCUUUGACAUUGACAUCACUGUGUCUGUGUUUGAGACGACGAUUCGGGCACUUGGCGGACUUCUUGCG